AACAAAAAAAAAAAAUUAUGAGUUUUCAACGUGUCCGCAAACGUCCGCUUAAGAGAACAAGUGAAUAUGAGACCGAUAUGGGAAAGUCAGCACUUACAACUACAACAUCUUAUACAACAACAACAACAAACUCACACACAGCACCAAACGAUAGACUUCAACGCAGCAUAUUAAGCGACAAACUUGAUGCGCUUCGCGUACAACAACAACAACGUCAACAUGAACAAAUUCUAGCGACAGCGUUAUUAGCCACAACUUGUUGCCGCGACAAGAACUGUUUUUUAAACGCAACAUCAACUAAAGACUUUAAUGCAAUAAGGGAAUCAUUGACACCGUCACCUUCCACAAAGUGUUCGCAUCGAUCCUCUUCAUGUCUGUCUCAAAACAGCGUCAGUUCUAAUGCCUCCAAUAAUUCGACAUCAUCCGGUCGCAGUUCAUUGCCAUCAACACCUCUACUUAAUUCUACGCCAAUGUCAAAGUCUAUACGGGAAAUAUCAACUGAUUCUGGUGUAGAUAGUGAGAAUACUUAUAAACGUACUAUCCAUCAGUCGGAACGUUUUACCAUUAGUAUAAACUUAGACUUGAUAAGUUGGGCGUUGUUUUUUUUUGCAUUCCUCACGCGAUUCUAUAAACUCUCCACACCCGCUAAUGUAGUUUUCGAUGAGUUACAUUAUGGCAAAUAUAUAUCUUUGUACAUAAGAAAUAUAUUUUUUUUCGAUCAACAUCCGCCAUUAGGUAAACAACUCAUAGCUGCUGUAGCUGGUCUGACCAGCUAUGAUGGAAAUUUCACUUUUACGCGCAUUGGUUCUGAGUAUACCACAAAUGUACCGAUAUUUUGGUUACGCUUUGUACCGGCAAUGUGCGGUAGUUUACUUGCCCCAGCUAUAUAUAAGCUAUUGCUAGAAUCACAAUUGAGCCGAGUUACCGCAUUACUGGGUGGACUUUUAAUAGUAUUGGACAAUGCAUUACUAACACAGUCUCGUUUUAUCCUAAUGGAAUCAAUACUUUUACUUUUCACCGUACUUGGCCUAUAUUUUCUGCUAAAAUUUCAACGUAGUCGUUUCGGUGGACCACGUUGGCUAAUCUUUGGCUUUACAUCCGCAUCAUUCUUCGCAUGCUCGGCAAGCGUGAAAUAUGUUGGUGUACUCUCUGGAAUAUUAGCAGCUUAUUUAAUGUGUUGCUACCUCUGGAACUUACUGUAUGAUGCAACGAUCACAAAUGUACAACUAAUACUGCAAACACUGAGUCGUAUAGUCCUAUUUGUUUUUGUACCAAUAUGCAUAUAUAUAUUUAUAUUUUAUAUACAUUUACACACAUUGCAUAAAGCCGGCCCACAUGAUAGUGUUAUGACAAGCGCUUUUCAGGCUUCAUUAGAUGGAGGAUUGGCUUCUAUUACACGUGGCCAACCAUUAAAAGUGGUACAUGGCUCUCAAAUAACUUUACGACAUACACAUGGACGCACAUGUUGGCUACAUUCACAUGCUCAUGUAUAUCCGGUACGAUAUCCAGACAAACGUGGUUCUUCACAUCAGCAGCAAGUUACAUGCUAUUCCUUUAAAGAUGUUAACAAUUGGUGGAUUGUUAAACGACCAGAAAAAGAAGAUCUUCUUGUAGAUAGCAGCCCAGAUGAAAUACGACAUGGUGAUGUUAUUCAAUUAGUGCAUGGUAUUACAAGCAGAGCACUUAAUUCACAUGAUGUAGCUGCACCAUUGACACCAAUUUGUCAGGAAGUCUCCUGUUAUAUUGACUAUGAAAUUAAUAUGAAAGGAGAGCUACUGUGGCGGGUUGAAAUUCUAAAUAGAGAAACGGAAGGUCCUGUUUGGCAUGCUAUCAGAUCGGAAAUACGUUUAAUACACGUAAGCACUGGAGCUGCAUUACGUUUUAGUGGUCGCUUAUUACCGGAAUGGGGUUUUAAUCAACACGAAGUGGUUGCUGACCGUAAUGUGGAGCAUAAAGAUGCCAUUUGGAAUGUUGAAGAACAUCGUUACACCAGAACUAGAGAUCAGCGUGAACGCGAACGUCAACUACAUAAUGCCGAAAUGAUACCGACAAAAAAAACGAAAUUAACAUUUUGGGAAAAAUUUUUGGAGUUACAAACGAAAAUGAUUUGGAGUGUUAAACAUGUAGAAAGUCACAUGUAUAGUUCGGAUCCGCUGGAGUGGCCGCUCUUAGAUAAAACUAUAGCAUAUUGGGUUGAUAGUAAAUCGAAUGCUCAAAUACACUUAUUGGGAAAUGUUUUAAUUUGGUACUCGGGUACUAUUGCACUAUUUGUAUAUGGAAUACUUGCCAUAUUUUAUAUUUUACGUCGUCAUCGACUUUGUUUUGAUUUGCCAAAUAAUGUUUGGGAGAAAUUUGUACAAGCUGGUAAUACGUUCUUUAUGGGUUAUUUAAUACAUUACUUGCCAUACUUCUUGACCGAUCGUACAUUAUUUUUACAUAAUUAUUUACCAGCAUUUGUGUUUAAGAUAUUAUUGCUAUGUUAUGUGAUUGAACACUUAGAUUAUUUGGUACGGCGAUACUUUAGCAAAUCUAUUUGGCCUCUAAUGGCAUAUCAUUUUUGCAUACUGAUUUGGGUAAUAUUUAUUGGCAUAAUAUUUAUUAAAUUUUUGCCAAUAUGUUAUGGAAAUUAUCAGCUAACCGUACACGAAGUGUUAAAAUUACGCUGGAAGGAUACAUGGGACUUUAUUCUACCAAGAAUUAUGCCGAAAAUUUAAUUUUAUUGAAAACAUUUCUAUGAAAAUCUAGAGUAACCAUUUAUAAAACAAUCUCUGCCAAUUAAUUCAUUUUAUAAUUGUAAUAUAUAUUAAAUUAAAA